GAUCUGGGGCUUGCAGUGGAAAAUGCCUGUUCCUAGAAAUAAAUUCCAGAUACUUCGUACCCACCCACAAUACGGAGUACACUUUAAGUGCACGUUUAAGUAACAAUAUCAUCGGCCAGACACGGGAGCUUCUCUCGUCUUCUUCUUUUCUCAUGUCGCUAUUCCUUCAACGUUCUGUUCGAUCUAAAAGGAACCUCCUUUCACCACUUAUCAAACCUUUGUUCUCGGUCGUCGUCCGUUCCCCUCCACGAACUUUUCACACUUACCCCGCCAAGAUGGACUCACAAUUGACCCCGGUCUUUACGCCAGACGCAUGUCCUCCUGCUGGACCCUACAGCCAGGCCAUCAAAGCCGCCGGGCUGGUCUUCGCGGCCGGUCAGAUCCCCGCCGACAAUACUGGGAAGCUUGUGUCUGGCUCCAUCGCCGAGAAGACCGAACAAUGCUGCAAGAACCUCAAAGCCAUCCUGGAAGCUGCAGGAAGUGGUAUUCCCAAAGUCGUCAAAGUCGGAAUCUUCCUGUCUGAUAUGAAGCACUUUGCCGAAAUGAACGGAGAAUACGAAAAGUGGUUUUCUCACAAACCUGCCAGAACUUGCGUUGCGGCUCGAGAGCUUCCCAAGGGCGUGGAUGUCGAAAUCGAAGCCAUUGCCGUUCAGUAGAGGGGGCUGCUGUUGUUUCCAUUUCGUGAAAUUGAAUGCAGGUCUAAAAGCCUUCCGCAAUGGAGCCACAUUAUGCAGGCCCCAAGCUUGGUACCCAGGUCUACGAGACAGUAUAUAUCUUUGUUGGGCAAAAGGUUCUGGCCAAGAGAGAUAUCCUUGGUCGGCAUAUCAAUCAUAGCCUUCUUACAGCUUA